AUGGCACCGCCUCAAACACCAAAGAACAAGAAACAAGCACACCAUGCAUCCACAUCCCAGUUCACCGAUGACACGCGGUCGGCGGGUCCCGUUGGGGACAUGCCACGUCCGCUCACCUUGCAGCCCUCCGAGACCUAUGAAAAGGCUCAGGAGGAUGAGCGCGAAGUCCUAAAGGCUGUUUUUAUGGACGAUUAUGAAGAAUCAGAAGCCAAGGGUGCCUGGAGUAAAACUACUGAUCGCGUACUGCGCGUAAAACUCACAUCCAUUUCAGAUGAAAACAUAUUCGUUACACUCUGCGCAAAGAUUACAGCUACUUACCCUAGAUCACUACCCGAAUUGACUUUGGAAGAUUGCAGCAGCUUGCGAAGAUCCACUUGGGAUAAGCUCUAUGGGCUACUGAAACGCCGGCCUCAGGAACUGGUCGGAGAAGUCAUGAUGUACGACAUAGCGACCGGGAUCCAAGAGAUACUUGAGGAUGAGAUUGCAGUCCGCCAAACCGAUGGAGCCUACGAAAACCUGGAUGCCGAACGAGCUAUGCAAGAAGCGGCUGCGGCCGAGCAGUUGCGCCAGCAUGAAGCUGAGCUACAGAGGAAGAGGGAUGAGGAGAAAGCGCAAGAAGAACGGCUUUUGCAGCAAAUGGUUGGUGAUGAGAUGCGGAGGAAGGACCUGAUGGCGAAGCGCAAGAAGAACCGCGCCUCAGUCAUGACCCCACCACCAGACUUUCCCAACGGAGAUGGCGCCAACUACAUUUCAUUUGACAGAACCACUUCCAUCCAGCAUGAGGAUACUACGAUUCAGUGCACCGCAGUUGAGAAUCCGCUCCCUUUCCGUUCUGGGCCCCUUACCGAACAACUAUUGGUCAAGCCCAUGGGUACGCCCGUAGCACUCACGCUAGUAUUGAAGCGUGCUCGAGUCGGUGGCGGAAACACUGCUGCUGACCCUGGGCUGAAGAAGGCUAUCAUGGCAUUUGAAGACGAGAUGGAGGAGAUUAAGCGGCUACGACAACCUGCUAUAAUGACAGUUUUGGAUUUCAAGGUGGAGAACAUGCCAGACGCUGGGUGGGAAAUCAGCAUCCUAAUGGAACACGCCGACAGAGGUUCUCUGGGCGAGAAACUCGCUGAUGAUGGCCCGCUCCAAGUUGCAAGAGUCCGUUCCUGGACCAUCGAGAUAUUGGAAGCACUGGACUUUUACCAUCGAAACGGUGUAGUGCACAAACGCCUUCACCCCAACAAUAUUCUGCUCAAGAGGUCUUCAGGUGGCGGAAUGAGCGUACACCUGACAGACGCCGGCUUUCAAGACUCAUUAUAUCGUUUACAAAGCUUCUCCAAGGACAGACUCACGGCAAAGCCUCCACGGACAUUCUACUGGAUAGCUCCCGAGUUGUCCCAGGAUUUACAGCACACUCGCAAGACAGAUGUGUGGGACAUGGGAGUUGUUUUCCUCCAGAUGCUUUUUGGGCUUGACGUACCGGAGAAAUACAAUUCUCCAAAGGACCUCUCCGAUAUCCUUGGUUGUUCAGAGUCGUUGCAGGAGAUACUACGCAAGUUCUUCAAGCCAGAUCCCAAGAAGCGACACUCUGCUUUUGACCUCAUCCCCUCCGAGUUUCUUCGCGAUGACGUCGAUGUCUAUGAACGACCACGCACUCCAGUACGAUCUAGAAAUUCGUCAACCUCGCUGGGUCGAUACAGGCUACGGCGUGAAUCUUCCUCUGGUAUGGUUCCAACAUACUCGCGAUAUUCGAAUGACUGGGUCGAGCAAGGUCGGCUCGGGAAAGGUGGAUAUGGCGAAGUUGUGAAAGCACGCAACAAGGUUGAUGGUCGCACUUACGCCAUCAAGAAGAUCAAGCAAAAAUCCGCUGCUGCAUUAAGCGAGGUUCUCUCCGAGGUCAUGCUUCUAUCUCGGCUCAAUCACAGUUGUGUAGUGCGUUAUUACACAGCAUGGCCUGAAGCCGAAGCGGACUACGACGACGACUACUCUGGAUCAUCAGACGGCGACGAUUCUGAUUGGGGUUCGGACGUUUCUCCGACUACGACGACAACUACGACUGAUGGCGGGAUUCAUGGCAAGAGCGGUGGCGGGUUAGAUUUCAUCAGCUCCAGCGGGUACCCCAAGAUUGAAUUUGGAUCGGAUGCAGAAUCGGAUGAAGAUGUUGGCGCUGUCAUCUUCGGAUCAGACUCAGAGGACGAGGGUUCAGCUAGCAUCGGUCACAGUCCACCGGGAAUUAAGAGACGCACGCUAUCCGACUCCAACCUUUCAAAGUCAAGAUCAAUUCUGUACAUCCAGAUGGAAUUCUGUGAGAAGCGAACGCUUCGUGAUCUCAUUCGUGGAGGAUUAUACGAUGACCCUGAAGAGUACUGGAGACUGUUUAGACAGAUUCUCGAAGGCCUUGCUCACAUACACGGACAUGGCAUCAUCCAUAGGGAUCUCAAACCGGACAAUGUCUUUAUUGACUUGGCUAAAAUCCCCAAAAUCGGUGAUUUUGGACUGGCCACCAGCGGACAAUACCAGAGGCCGGACGCAAAAUCCUCCGGUGACAGCCAUAAUGGCGGUGACAUGACACGAAGCGUGGGCACGGCGCUUUACGUAGCUCCAGAGCUAAGUUCCAGUGUCACCGGCGACUACAACAACAAGGUGGACAUGUACUCGAUGGGGAUCAUCUUCUUUGAGAUGUGUUUUCCUCUAAGGACUGCCAUGGAGAGAGACAAGGUCAUUCGAUCAUUACGUGAGCGGAAACAUGAACUUCCUCCGGAGUUCGAGGCUCCUGAGAAAGCACUCCAAGGAAGCAUCAUCAAAUCCCUUAUCAGCCACCGGCCGUCGGAAAGACCCAGCUGUACUGAGCUAUUGAGGAGUGGCAAAGUACCUGCCCAGAUGGAAGAUGAGGCUGUUAAGGAAGCCAUCAAGGCUCUUUCCGAUCGCAACUCUCCUCACUAUGCAAAGAUGAUGGCUGCCCUCUUCUCUCACAAGCCUGACACACAAGCAAGAGAUUAUGCCUGGGAUCUCGGCACAGCUAACCAAACAAUCAAGGCAAAUGAGGUACUUCUACAGAAUCUCGUCAAGGACAGAUUAGCUAUGAUCUUCCGGGGCCAUGGCGCGGUGGAGAUCCAGCGCCAAGUUCUAUUGCCAUGGUCUGAUCAUUAUGCGAACAGCAGUGUCGUGAAGCUCUUCGAUCCUUCUGGGACUCUUGUUCAGCUUCCUUACGAUCUGACGUUGCCGUAUGCUCGUAGCAUCGGUCGGGGAGGUGGUUUCCUCGAGAAGACAUUUACAAUCGGUCAGGUUUACCGUGAGAACUACACUGGAAGUGCUCCGCGUAGUAACGGUGAGGCAGACUUUGACAUUGUCUCAUAUGAUGCGAUUGAUCUUGCUCUCAAGGAAUCAGAGGUUUUGAAGGUUGUUGAUGAAAUCAUCGACGAGUUCCCCUCCUUCCGAUCAACACAAAUGUGUUUUCACCUGAAUCACGCCGAUCUCUUGGAAAUCGUCAUGGAGUUUUGCAGGAUUCCUGCUCCUAAGCGUACGGCAGUCAAGGCUGUUCUCAGCAAGCUCAAUAUACUGAAGAACAACUGGCACUCCAUCCGCAAUGAGUUGCGUUCUUCCGACAUCGGUAUUGCAUCAACGUCGCUGGACGACCUGGCAAGAUUUGAUUGGCGUGACACACCCGAAAAGGCCUUUGCGAAGUUGCAGCGACUUUUUGAGGGAACAAAAUACCUCGAACGGACACAUUCGAUAUUCCGACACCUUUCCUCGGUAAUCAAUUACAUGAAGCACUGGAAUGUGAAGCGGAAAGUCUACAUCAAUGUCCUCAGUAGCUUCAACGAGAGGUUUUAUACUGGGGGUAUACUAUUCCAGUGCCUAUUUGAUACCAAGCAGCGAGAAGUGCUUGCUGCAGGCGGAAGGUACGACAAGCUGAUUGAAGAAUACCGGCCAACUGGUUCUACUCACGCCCAUCCGCUACCUGCAUAUCACGCAGUUGGUGUAAACUUAGGGUGGGAUAGAUUGGUCAACUCUAUGGCUCGAUACAUCAAGAAGCCAGAAAAGUCAAUGUUUUUGAAGAAGCAGGCGGACGACGAUACCCCGCCUCUCUCAUGGAUGCCUCGCCGCUGCGAUUGCCUGGUCGCCAGUUUUGAUCCAAGUAUCCUCCGAACCACUGGAAUCAAAAUGGUAUCAGAGCUCAUAUCUCACGGCUACACAGCCGAGCUCGCCAUUGACGCGCAUUCUAUCGAAGACAUACUCCGCCAUUAUCGAGACGACAGGCACAGCUGGAUUAUUGUGAUCAAGCACGGCGUCGCACCAGAUAAACCCGAGCUCAAAGUGAAAUCCAUUGCCAAAAAGGAAGACACAGACAUGCACAGUUCCAAUCUCCUCAACUACCUACGCAACGAGCUCCGCGAUCGGGAAGAACGGGAAGGCACAGCAGCUCGUCAAAUCAAAGUUCCAGCACCAGCUCCCAACAACAAGUCCAACACUACGAAAGCCAACGUCGACGUUCUCAUCGCCCAACACCGUUCAAAGAAGUCGAACAAGUGGUCCAUUGUCGAAGCUGCGCAGUCCCGCUCCACAGAACUCCUUUCUGAAUUUCAAUCAGCGCCCAUCGCUGCCAUUGAGUCAAAGGAAGAGGUCAUGAAUCUCCUCAAGGAAACGCGACUCAGCGAUCCGGAUUCUUGGCGCUACUUCAUCCAGAGGAUGCCACUAGCAGAGCGAAAAUACCUCCAGGAAUUACAUGAUUUAUUGUUAGGGUAUAGGGCUAAGUGGGUGGAAGCUAAGGCGAAUGGAGAUGGAGAAGACGCCGUAGGCAAGGCGUUUGUGUAUAAUUUUCGUACUGGCGGUUGUUUGUUAUAUGAUUUAGAAAGUUGA